ACGCUGCGGCUAAACCGGAGUACCGGAGGACGACCAGGAGGACGGCAAGCCGUGCACUUUAACGACAUUCUUGACCCCCAAAAAAUCGACUGUGUUAAUUCGUCACCUGUUAUGUUUUGAAGGCCAAAUGCAGAUGAUGUUCUCUUCUUUAUGCUCCGAUUGCGGCCAACUUUGCGGGACACGACGACGAGCUUCUUGGAGACUCUUCUUCGAGAUAUUGCGGCAAAUUUAAAAGACGAUCCUCGGAAAUGGAUUGCGUACUCCUAUGAAUGCGGAAUAUAGCGAGCUAUGCCCCAUUGUACUUAUUUUAUUGGGUCCAUGAGCUAUCAGACCUCAGGGAGGGAAUUGGGGCGUGACGUCACGAGGUACCGGAAUACCAGGAUGUUGUGAUCAGGAGGUCACGUGAUUGGCGGAAUCGCCGAGUGACUUUCGUUUUGUUUUUUUCUUCUUCUGAAACGCAAAGCUCUCAUGUAGUUUUACGAAGGAAAUAUACAGGAUUGUGCCACGAAUAGAAAGUGCUAAUGCUAAGAAAAUAACGCAUCUUUUUGUUUUAAGUCGUCAUUGCAUUUCGACUGUAAUCUUGUAAUAUUACGGAGAUUUUUUUUCCCCCAGAAAAUACCACGAAUCUACGAUCUAUACAUAAAUACUUUUGUUCUCGAGAAAAUGCUACUUUAUUCCCGUUUUCCUUAUUUCUUUCCCCUAAAAUGGCAGCUUCGGUAUACGCAUGCGCAGUAAUGAUUGAUAGUGGAGGACCAGAUCACGUGAUUCGUGAGUAGUUGUCUUUUUUGCAAAGUUCUUGUGUAUUUUUAAGAAGAAAAAUGUCGUAUUAUGCUACGCCUGUGUACGCCUUUAUCACUCGAAAAUACUGCCUUUAACUACUUUACUAUCAUAUUAUUGCGACGUUUUUAAAUAUGACUUUAUUCUCGUAAAUCUACGACUUUUUUCUCCCCCAAAUCCGAUUGUUGCACAUGCGCAGUAUUGAUUUACAGUCAAUGUAUUCCUGUUGUAGUGGGGUAGGUCAAGGUAGACUUUUUAUUUAUUUGUAUUUUUAUUUUUGUUGUUGAACAUCGAUGAUUGGAUUUAGAUGGCAAAUUUGACACACAGUUGAUUGCAUUACCAAACGUUGUGCAAAUAACACCCGUUACUGGUUGUGCUCUGAUCUUUUUACAAUAUAUUCAUCGUAGUAAUAAUGGAUACAGUUGUGCAUCAGUACGAUGUAGUUCAGUAUUGGUAGAGAAACGUGCAUAAAACAGACUGGUAAAGGGAAAAGUACUGAUUCAAUUUAAGUACAUUUUACAUUUGCUAGUUUUUUUCUACAUGCAUCUCCCCCUGCUUUAGAGUGCCUCGGUGUUGGCGGUGAGUGGAUGCAUGCCACGGGGAAUAGCAAGGGCGCGGGGGGUCGAUUUUAUUGUUAUUCUUUUUUUAAGUUCGACUCGAAAGCCAUAGCGUGCGGACUGGGGCUUCAGGCUGGUGCGGCUGCUUUAGAGCGCCUCGUUAUCGGCUGUGAGCGCACACAUAGUCGCGAUAGUAUUUGAUUGACAGUUGACAGUUAUGCGGGGCGUGGUUUCAGCACAUUCACCAUUUGUGAGCGGAGAGUACGACGUGAUCUUUCGCGAUUUGGAAGCCUCGUUUUACAUACUUGGUGAUUUUACAGGUUUGUCAACAAAAGCAUCUCUGUGAUGGGUCAAAGUUACAAUACAUUAUUUUCACUUUGUAGGCUACAGUAACAGAGUAUUAGUGCUUGGUUACUUCCCACCGCCGUUUGCCACUGCACUUGUGUGAUGUUCCGAUGACUGACGUCAUUUUGACAGUGAGUAAACACACACAAGGUCAGAAAUACUGUGGACUAACACGAGCUUGUUUUCACGCAGGCACACAAGCGGUGAGCGGCCAUGAUGCUGCUGGGCCCCAGUCUCUGCCUUCCCUCGCAGGCCGCCGUCCAGGAACUCUUCCUGGCGGCCCGCGACGCCAACGUGGUCCCGGACAUCUCCCUGGACCCGGUUCUCACCGCCUUCCUGUGCCUGGACUCGUCGGCUGCGCUGCAGCACCAGUACGCCUCGCUGCAGAGGAGCCUGAGCGAGGCGCAGCAAGCGGCGUUCGGCCUGCGCCUCAACCGAGAGCUCGGGGGCGGCAGGGUCACGCGCGGGGGGGUCGGCGUCGUAGCGCUGGCUUUGUCCUUGCUGCUGGACCACGUUGCGCAACAAUUUAGAGGCAACAGUUCGGCAGAGGCUAUCCAAUCGCCUCUGACAUGCCCGUCCGGGAAGAUUUUUGGCAUCGCAGUCUCUUCGAGAAUCGGCGGGAUUGCACAAAACUACCUGAACCUGAUCCCGGGCAUCGCCAACGACCAGGACAUGAUGGCCGAGACCACGGAGAUCUACGACAACUGGCUUAAACUGGAAAUGCUGGACCAUUACCAGAGGAUGACCAAUAAGAAGAGGAUGAGUUCAGUGUCCAUGCAGCAGUGGUUGACCGGAGCCGCACUUCAUCUCCACAUGAGAAUCCACCAGGUUCGUCUUCAUUCUGUGCCAUUUGGUUCAGCGGAGUCUCUUCGUCUGUCCUAUAAGACGGCCUUAAACCGUCUGGUGCAGGGUUACGUCGUCUACCUUCACAGGAACAUUCGGGAGACCGCACCAUCACCGCCGGAGCGUCGCCCGUCCGAGACAGGCCGCACGACCAACUGGACCCGCUCCAGCGAGAUGUCCUUUAACAUGAGCCAAGCGGAUACAUCCAAUGAGACGACCCGCGGCGGAGCUCGUAAAACAGGUGACUUUGCUUCAAAAGAGGGUCUUCUGGUCAUCGAGCCGGGCAGAAACGUGAGUCACGGCGUGCGGCAUCACCCCUGCGAGUCUCCGGCCAUACAGCAAGCUUUGGUGACGCGAAUCAUAAACGCGCAGGACCUGGAGCAGAGCAGAAGCUUUUUCCUGUACCCCAAAAAAAUCUUCCAACGACUGCUCGCACAGGAGGAUGCUUUUGAGCUCACAAAUUAAAUUGAAUGCUUCUGUUGUUAUUUUUGUCGCCCCCUCUUAUAUUUAAACGCAAACUGUGCAUAAUGUGAGAGUGAAUGACAAAAAUAUUAGACAUACUUUUUAACUUUUUUUUUUAAGGAAUAAAACCUCGUAUUUGAUGAACACUUUGGCCCACUACGUUAUUCUAUUUGUGUCCUACAUAUUUCCCUGUUUGUUGAGAUUGAUGCUUUCUUUUUCAUCCAAUGUCAAUGUUAAUGUACACAUUAAGUUCCCCCUUCAUUCUUAUUCAUAUCUUAUUUAUUUUUUAAUAAUUUCAGACUGCUGUAUCACCUGAAUUUUCCAUAAUCUGGUUUAUUUUACAUGUUUGUAUGUGCUAUCUCAUUUAAUCUUCCAUAUCCAAUGUGAUUAUUAAUAUACAUGGACAUAUAACGCUGGUUGCCAUGCAGUUAACCAAUUUAUUUGUCUUUAUGUAUAGCAUACCGUGUCCUAUGUGAUUGUCCCAUGUGUUAUUUUGUUUUUAUGGGUCUCUAUGUAAAAGUGGGAUGG